AUGAAAAGAGGUCCAUCGGCACCAUUCCGGCCUCCACGACCGUUCAUUCAAGGCGGUGACGAGCUGAAGACUAAAACAUUCGGAAAACUAAAAUCAUCACCUACAGGAAAACGCAGAUCAAAUGUCAAUGAAGAUGACCCAACCAUCACCGCAAACAAUUCACCAAAAAAGUUACCUAAAACAUCAAAUAAACCACCGACUAGCACACCAGACAUCAAAAUAGCUCCAGGUUCAAACUCACAGAAUUCCAUUUCGAGAAAAAGACAACAGUUGCAUUCCAUAUACAGCUCGACUUUGUCUCACUCAAGCCCACCAUCAUCCAAUGAAACAUCAACUCGGCGCUUUGCCGUCCAAUGGAGAAAGACAUCGAACCGUAAGAACAAGACAUGGGAGGGAGACGGGAUAUUGUUGGUCAUGGUGGACUCAAUGUCGCUAAAGCUUGACUCCAAAUCUCGAGAAAUAGCUCGAGCACGGCAUACUAAUAUCGACGGUAUAAUUAAGCUUGGUGGUUAUGAAGCUGAAAUCGACUAUGAAAUAUCAGCAGUGACUGAUGGAGAGUCUAUAUCUCGUGAACCAGCUAGUCGUUCGGCUUCUAUGACAAGCUCUCAGAAUCUGUCAGGUCUUUCCUCUGAGUUUAAACCUGUUAUUCCUUCCCUUAAGUCGGCCCCACACGCCAGAGAUCCACUUCUGGAUGUAACCAACAACAAAAUACAGAAACAACAACCUGUCUUCAAACAAAAUUAUCAGAACUCAGGUAUAGAUAUCGACUCCAAACUUGACCUGGUCUUGCGUCCCCACCAGAAAGAAGCAGUAGCCUUUUUACAUGAAUGUGUUACCGGUCAACGCUCAUAUCAAGGAAAGGGUGCCCUCUUGGCCGAUGAAAUGGGCUUGGGUAAAACCCUUUCAACAAUUGCAUUGAUAUGGAAACUUGUUCGUCGUAACUCAGAUGGUGUUCAAGUAUGCAACAAGGUGUUAAUUGUAUGUCCGGUGACACUUAUUGCAAAUUGGAAUAGAGAGUUCAAGAAGUGGAUUGAUAUAAAUAGAUUGGGUGUUUUAUCGAUUAACGGGAAACAAGGUGCCGCUGCAGACAAGCAGGAUAUCAAAAACUUUGGCAAGAACAGAGUCUACAACGUAUUGAUCAUGGGAUACGAAAAGGUUUUGACCUGUGCAUCAGAACUUUCAGAGAUAAAGUUUGACCUUCUAGUCUGUGAUGAGGGUCAUCGCCUUAAAAGCAGCACGAACAAAGUUUUGAAAGUAUUGAAACAUCUUGAUGUUGAAAAGAAGAUUGUCUUGACUGGAACACCCAUACAGAAUGAUUUGGUUGAAUUUUUUACCAUUGUCGACUUUAUCAACCCUGGCAUUUUGGGGCUGUUUUCUUCUUUCCAAAAGGACUACAUCAGACACAUCCUAAGGUCUAGAGAUGUGAAUUGCACAAACAAGGAAAUUAUAGACAGAGGAGACCUAUUGUCAAGUAAGCUAAUAGCGCUCACCAACGAAUUCACAUUGAGGAGAACAAGCGACAUUCUAUCUUCCUUCUUGACAACGAAGACUGAUGUAAUAUUAUUUUGCAAACCAACGACAUUACAACUAUCGCUCUUUGAGGAUAUUAAACGCUCAAAGACGUUUAAAGCUUCAUAUUCUGGUUCCCGGGGCGGAAUCCUUGGCCUUAUAACACUUUUUAAAAAGAUAUGCAAUUCACCUUCUUUGCUAGCCCCAGAGGGAAAAGUGGAGGAGUCAGAAUUGCUGGGUCUGGAUUUUGGCUUGAACGUGGAACUCAACAAUAAAACUAGUGGUAAGCUUCUUGUCUUGAUACCAUUACUUUUGGAAAUACAACGUCUAGGUGAAAAGGUUGUACUAGUUUCCAACUAUACUCAAACGUUAAAGCUUCUCGAGCAGUCCGUCAACAAACUUAACAUGAAAUCAUUACGACUUGAUGGAACCACUGCAAAUAAAGAACGCGACAAGUUGGUUAACCAGUUUAAUAAACUGUCAGCUGAAUCCACUAUGAUCUUCUUGCUCUCAGCUAAAGCUGGGGGUGUGGGGUUGAAUUUGGUUGGAGCUUCAAGGUUAAUUCUUUUUGACAACGAUUGGAACCCCUCAGUGGACUUACAAGCCAUGGCUAGAAUUCAUCGAGAUGGACAAAAGCGUCCGGUUUUCAUUUACCGGCUUUUAACCACUGGAUGCAUUGACGAAAAGAUUUUUCAAAGGCAAUUGAUGAAAAACAAUUUGAGCGACAAGUUUUUGGAUAAUAAGGUUGACUCCAAAACUGACGUAUUCGAUUCGGACGAUCUUAAGGAUCUCUUUUCAGUUUCCGAAACAUCAAGCAGUACGCAUGACUUACUUGAAUGUGAAUGUGGAGGAGAUGGUGAACUUGCAGAAGUGCCUUUAGAAGACCUGAGCGAGAAUUCACUGGAAGACUUAACAUCUAGUCAAUUGGGAUACAUUUCAGCACUAGACUUUAAACAGGAAGACAAACGUCCAAAGGCUCGAAAAGACAAUAUGCGAAGAGCGUUGCAGGAUUACAGACACUUUGAUGUGAAGGAGGGCCAUUUUUGCGAAGAUGAAGCGGUCAACGAAAUUGUAAAUAACAUGAAGAAGAAGGGAAUUCCAUCACCUAUAACGUUUGUGAUGACAAAGACGUCGGGUAUGAAAGAAGUUGAGGCCUGA